AAUAUAUUCUUUAUAAAUGGUCCUUCUUCCUAACUUUCUACUGAAUAAUUACUUGGACAAACACAGAAAAAAAACACCACAAAACCACGCAUCAAACUCCAAAAAUUAGCAAAAACUCAUCAAGAAAAAAAGAAAAUAUCUUUCUCUUUCUCUCUUUUUCUUUUUUUUUUCUUCUUCUCUUUUUUUUUUUUUAAAGAUGAUGAAUCAAGAAAAAGAUCAUCAAAAUCUUGAUUCAAAGAGAAGCAAGAAGAUGAAGAAUAAGAAGAAUAAUAUUGAAAGAAAUAUAAGGGAAAAAUAUCCUUUAAUUUCUUAUCAAGAAUUACCAGAAUAUAUGAAGGAUAAUGAAUUUAUUUUGAAUUAUUAUAGAGCUAAUUGGCCUCUUAAACAAGCAUUUUUCAGUAUUUUCACUUGGCAUAAUGAAACUCUAAAUGUCUGGACGCAUUUAAUUGGAUUUAUUCUAUUUAUGGUAUUAACCAUUGCUAAUGCAGAACAUAUAUCUCAACUUGCUGAUUUUAUGACUAUGUUUAUCAGGAAUUUUCCAACUAGUGGGGAUGCAAACAUCUCUCAAAAUUCAAAGGGAGAAACAACCAGGCUAACUGACCAACACUUACAAAUGGACAUAACAUUAUCAGAAAGUGCAACAAAUGAAGCAACUUGGCCAUUCUAUGUAUUCUUAGCUGGUGCAAUGUUGUGUCUUUUAUCAAGUAGUAUUUGCCAUCUUUUCUCAUGUCAUUCACAAAGAUUGAAUCUUUUCUUGGUACAAAUUGACUAUGUUGGCAUUACAAUCAUGAUCAUCACCUCAUUCUUUCCACCAAUGUACUAUAUCUUUCAAUGUUCACCACAUUGGCAAGUUGUGUACCUCACUGGGAUAACAAUCUUGGGAGUUUGCACUAUCAUAACUCUGCUCUUCCCCGUGUUUUCGACAGGGAAAUAUAGGUCUUUUCGGGUUGGGUUGUUCAUGUCGAUGGGUUGUUUUGGUAUCUUUCCUGCAAUUCAUGCACUUGUUGUGAAUUGGAGUGAUCCUAUGAGGAAUGUAACACUUGCAUAUGAAUCCAGCAUGGCAUUGUGUUAUGUAAUAGGGGCUACAUUUUAUGUUAGCCGCGUACCGGAGAAAUGGAAGCCUGGAUUGUUCGAUCUAGUUGGUCAUAGUCAUCAAAUAUUUCAUACGUUUGUUGUGUUUGGUGCAUUGGCUCACUAUGGCGCGGCAAGGAUCUUCUUGGAGUACAGGACUCGAUUUGGAUGUGACAAUAGAUAGAAGAUGAAUUGACUGAUGCAUUUCGAUAUGAUGUGUUAUGUUUGAUACAUGUAGUACCGGUACUUUGUAUGUACGAAGAGCUAUGUAUAGCCAGGGACGGAUUUAGAGCAAGUUUUAUGGUGGUCAACUCAACUCAUUAGUUUGUGCUCGAAUCAUGUAUUCAUGUCCUAAAACAUAUACAUAAGAUUAUGCUUAUUCUGAAUCAGUUUACUACUUUGA